AUGGCCAUGUGGAUUAUUUUCCUGGGAAUUCUGAUGCACUGCUCCUUCCUGGAGGUCCUAACACAACUGCCUGCUCAGCCCAAAAACUGCUCUGAGCAAAGCCAGAAGAUCAGUUUUAGUCACUCGUACAAGAUUAAUGUACCCGAGUCCUUUCAGUUCAAUGUGGAACCAGACCCGGGGCCUCUCCAAGACAACAAUCACAUGUUCUUCACUAAUGGCAAAGCAGAGGAGGGCGAGGAGCAAAACAUUAUAUUUAGGCAUAACAUUCGUCUGCAAACUCCUAAAAGAGACUGUGAAGUCCUUGAACAAGUUAAAGCUUUGCUGGAAAGACUGGAAAAUGUAGAACUAGAAGUGGCACAUCUGAAAGGGAUUUGUAACCCUCAAAAGUGUUGUGGAAGAGGGCAAGGGGUGUCAUCCUGCAGCGGCCAUGGCACUUUCAUCCAAGAGAUCUGCAGCUGCAUCUGCGAGGAAGGCUGGGAAGGGCAGGACUGUUCCCAACCCACGUGCCCAGGAAAUUGCAGUGAUAAUGGGCGCUGCAUUGAUGGCCGGUGUGUUUGCAAUGCCCGUUAUGCUGGUGACGACUGCAGUCACCUCCUGUGUCCUGAGAACUGUAGUGGAAACGGGGUCUGUGUCCAUGGGGUAUGCCAGUGUUAUCGGGAGUUCACUGGAGAUGACUGCAGUGAGAAGAGGUGCCCUAAUGAUUGCAGUGGCAAUGGAUACUGUGACAGUGGCGAGUGCUACUGCAAGGAUGGUUUCACAGGACUAGAUUGCUCUAAAGUGCUUGCCCCAUGGAAUAUCCAUCUCCUUAAAACCACCGAAAAUUCCCUAACCAUUGGCUGGGAUAAGAUAACAGAAGUGGACUACUACCUCAUCAGCUACUUUCCUGUGGGGAAAGAGGCCUUGACGAAACAAAUAAAGGUGCCCAAAGAUCAGACAAAUUAUGAGAUUCGGGGUCUAAUUCCUGGCACAGAAUAUGUAAUCACACUUCGCAAUGUAAAGAAGGGAGUCUUCAGUGAGCCAGAACUCCUGCAAGGUAGCACAGCCGUUUCUGCCAUUGGGCUUAUCUGGGUGACGGAGGAGACUGAGAACUCAUUGGAAGUGGAAUGGGAAAAUCCGGCAGCAGAAGUGGAUUACUACAAACUGAGGUUCAGUUCUUUGUCUGGAGAGGAGAAGGAAGUAGUGGUUCCCAAAAGUAAUGAUGUGAAGAGCAGACACCUCAUCACAGGCUUGAAGCCAGGAACCAAAUAUAAGAUCACUGUCACAUCUGUGAGGAAUGAGGCUGAAGGGAAGCCAUCUUCUGUACAUGGUUGGACAGGUAUAAACAGAAAGCUUUAUAUUGAUGGCCCAACACAUUUAGUAACUGACAGAGUAACAGAAAACACAGCCACCAUUUCUUGGAAUGGAGCCCAGGCUCCCAUUGAUGGCUAUGUAGUGAGUUACAACUUAGUGGGUGGUGAUACCAGACAGAUACCCAUUGACAAGGACAAGAGAACCGCUACUCUUGUGGGCUUGAAGCCUGGCAUGGAAUACAUUAUCCACAUCUGGGCUGUGAAGGGAGCUCAGCAGAGCAAAAGAGCAAGCACUGAAGCAGAAACAGAAAUAGAUGGCCCCACCAAUUUGAAAACAGACCAAGUGACCGAGAACUCAGCCACUGUGUCUUGGAACAAGGCCUGGGCACCGGUGGAACAAAACAUCCUCAGCUAUACAUCUGCUGAUGGAGAAACCAGAGAGGUACCCAUUGGGAAGGAUAACAUCAAGACUACCUUGACAAACCUGAAACCAGGCAUGGAAUAUGUUCUCCACAUCUGGGCAGUGAAGGGAAGCCAGCAGAGCAAGAGGUCAAGCACAAAAACUAUGACAGAUAUUGAUCCACCAAAGAAUAUCCGUGUAUCAGAUGUGACGCAGUCCAGCGGAGUAGUCACUUGGGUGCCCCCAGAUGCUCAAAUCAAUGGCUAUCUUCUCACCUAUCAACAUCCAGCUGGCACUAGUAAGGAAGUGCAACUUGGAGCAAAUGAUCAAAAGUUUGUUCUAGAAAACUUGAGUCGUGGUACUAAGUACACCAUAUACAUUACAGCUUUUAAGGGAGACCGCAGGAGUCGAACAGUGACUGCCUCUUUUUCUACAAUCAGUUUGCAUUAUCCCUACCCUGCGGACUGCAGCCAAACCCAGCAAAAUGGUAAUUCUAUCAGCGGCCAAUAUACCAUCUACCUGAAUGGUGACAGCAACAAACCCCUUGAAGUAUAUUGCGACAUGACCACUGAUGGAGGGGGAUGGAUAAUGAUUCAGCGGAGGUCCACAGGGCAGCUGGAUUUCUCUAAGAGAUGGAAGAAUUAUGUUGAAGGCUUUGGAAGUACUUCUGGAGAAUUUUGGUUCGGUCUAGAAAAACUGCAUAAUCUCACCAAGUCUGCCCACCUUCCCUAUGAACUGAGGGUGGAUUUACAGACUCACAACGAGUCAGCCUAUGCUACCUAUGACUUCUUCCAGGUGGGCUCCAGCAGAGAUCGAUACAAGCUGUCUUUGGGAAACUACAGAGGCACUGCAGGGGAUGCCCUGACUUACCAUAAUGGUAGGAAAUUUACAACCCUAGACAGGGACAAUGAUAUAGCUAUUACCAACUGUGCUAUAACUCACCAUGGUGGCUGGUGGUAUAAGAACUGCCACCUGGCUAAUCUCAAUGGGAAGUAUGGAGAACACAAGCACAGUGAGGGAAUUAAUUGGGAGCCAUGGAAAGGUCAUUUAUAUUCUAUCCCUUACACUGAAAUGAAGAUACGUCCACGUUCACAUAGCUUUGAGGCAGUCCUGAGUAGAAAACGGAGAUCUCUUGCUGUGAAGGGGAAGGAGACUAAAGUUUAAAAGUCUUCUGGAAAUGCUGUGUUUGCCAACACACAGCAAUGCAUGAUCAUGUAACAGUGUGUCAGGCCUUUUAU